CGAAAGGAAAAUGUGUGUUUACUUAUAAUACGCAAUAUAUUACAUGUUAGAUAAAAUCAAUUGUAAUUUUUUUUUUAUUUAAUUGAUUUUAUGAUGCAUUAUUUUUAUUUGUACUUAGUUUUUCAUUGAAUUUAAUUGCAAUAUAAACAUCACACAUUAUUUGUAGACAUAACCCUAUUAAUAUUACACAUUGCUUCUUUCAUGUUAUUGAUUAAGAACGGCUGUGGGGGUACGUUUAUUAUGUGCUAAAAAUUAAAGGCGGUAUUUAUUUAUUCAUUUGUAUUUUAUCAUAAACAUGAGUAAUACAAACAAAUUAUUGAGCUACGAAACAUGGGUUCAUGCGGUAUCUGGAGCUACGGGAAGCGUGAUCGCAAUGGCUACAUUUUACCCAUUAGAUACAGUUCGACAACGACUGCAAUUGUCUUCAACCGAUCAAAAAGCUGAAAGUACUAUUAAAGAAAUGCAAAAGUUGAUAGCGAAUGAAGGAGUCCGUACAUUAUAUCAAGGCAUGUCUCCUGUUCUUCAAAGUCUGUGCGCAUCUAACUUUAUUUAUUUUUACACUUUUCAUGGCUUAAAACGCAUGCUUGGUACAGAAAGUACUGCUAUCAAAGAUUUAUUAGUGGGUUCGGUUGCGGGUAUAAUUAACGUAUUAGUAACAAGUCCGCUUUGGGUUGUAAAUACGCGACUAAAGUCAUCACCACAACCAUUUAGAACACUGACCGAAGGUCUUGUAUAUAUUGGUAAAAAUGAAGGGCGGUCAGGCUUGUGGGCUGGUUUGUUGCCAUCAUUAUUACUUGUUUCAAAUCCAGCCAUUCAAUUUAUGACUUAUGAAACUGUUAAACGGAAAUUGAAUGCAGCGUAUGGAGAUAUGCCAGCAAUAACAUAUUUUUUGGUGGGAGCCUUGGCUAAAGCAGUUGCAACGGUGACAACAUAUCCAUUACAACUUGCGCAAACACGUCUUAGGCAUGGCGGUAACACGGCUAAAAAAACCAACAUGAUAACUUUAAUUUAUAAUAUACUUAAAACUAAUGGUAUUAUUGGUCUUUACAAAGGAUUGGAAGCUAAAUUAUUACAAACAAUUCUAACAGCGGCGUUAAUGUUUGCUGCUUAUGAAAAAAUUGCUAUUUUUGUUCUAACAAUACUUCGAGCAAAAAUUAAACAACAUAAAUAAUUUGCCAAUAAAAUUAUUUUUCAGAAUUUAAAAUUGUUUCUAAAUGUUCCAACAAUUCAAAAAUUUGACGUUAUUUUAGUCUCAUUAUUGUAUAAGUUAAAUUUUUUUUUUUGCUCUUAUAUGCCAAAAGUUCAUCGUAUCGGAGCGGCAUUUAAACCUCUGCUAGCUAGUUAACAUUUAAAAUCCAUCGUCUAUGCCAAACCAUCGAUUUGUUCUAUAAUUUGCAAUAUAAGUUAUGUAUCACAAUCUUGAUGAAAAAUUAAAUUAAAUAACUAACAAUGUAGUGACAUUUGGCCUGUGUGAUGGAAUCGAGUACCCAAUACGAAAUAGAAACCAUCUCAGAAAGUUGGUCCUCAUAAAAAAAUUUGGCAACUGUGGCUUGUCUAUUUUUUGUCGAUUAAAUUUGAAGUAAAUUCCUCCGAGUAAAUUCGAAUUUCGAAAUGAUUUCAAAUUAAAAAUGUUAAUUUUUUUAUGCAGAAAAACUUUCUAAUUUAAAGUGUUCUGUCUUAACUUUUAUAAACAUGACUAAGUGACCUUGAAGACCAAAUCCAAAUUCAAGGUCAGAAUAAAAUAUCUGACAUCAAACUUAAUAUUAUUUGUAGUUGAUGGUGCAUUUUAGGGAAUUUUUGAAUGUAUCGAUUAAAAAGACUCACCGAGUAUACAAAUCUUUGAGGAAAAGUCCUUAGAAAUUUUGCGAUACAAUACUAACGAGAUAAGUGCCCACGUAAUAAUCGUUUUUUAUCUUAUUUUGCAAAUUUUCUAAAUAAAUAUUCUUGAAAUAUUAUUUAAUAGAUAGAAUAAUAUGACAGUGGUAAAUGAUGUACCACUUAGAUACAGUGGGCUUUUAGUGUAUUAUUUACUGAACAGGGAACUUGCAUAAAACUUGAAUCUCGAUACUCGACUAAUAUUGUAAUUUUGAUACAUCUAUUUGAAAUACAUUGCCUUUUAACUUGAGAGUUAAACGCAAUGUAAUUUGAAUCACCAAUCCUGAAAGUGUGUAGAAAAUGAAUACACAAAAUAUAAUUUUUUUUUCCUUAAAAUAAGAACAACACCGAGUUAAAUCAGAGCAAUUAAUACUUAACAGUUUGAGUAAACUAAAAAGUGCAAGUUUCCUUCUUUUGGUGCCAGUGCUAGUAAAAUGGAAUGAAUGUAUAAAUUAUUUAUUUAUAUGGGAUAUAAUUUAAGUACACAGAUAUAUUGGCGACUCCAAUAAAAUUCCUAUACAGGGUGGGUCGUUUUAAUCUAUAACGACUAAUAGCUCGUUUUGUAAUUAACCAAU